UGUGCCGCUGUGGGCUGUGGGUCGUAGUUGUCAGUUGACUUAAUACAUAUAUCUAUCUUGGUAUAGAUAUAUUUAUACAUAGUUGAUACAUUUUUAUGUGGGUGAAUGAUGAAGAUAUACAUUGAGCAUUCGCUACUGUUCAAUARAAAUCAAUGCUUAUAAUGUUAUAACUUCCAACUAUUAGAUGAUAAUACAUUAAAUACUUUAAAUACUUUAGUGAUUAGAGUUUGUGAUUUUACUGAAUAGUUCUUAGUAUUUCAUUAAUAUAUUUUAAUAUUGUAUCCAACCAAUUUGUAUUAUUAUCGUUACCUACUUAAGUUACCAUUAGAUAUUUAGAUAGUGUUGUAUUAAUUACUGUUUACUGAAAUUUAUGCCACAGUCCUUUAUACUUUGGAAAGUACAUUUAAUAUUAUUAAAAUCCAUUAACUUAAUAAUUUUAAAAGUUUUUCGAGUAUUAAUUAAAAAUGUGUUCAAUAUCAAAUAAAAUGUGGAAAAAUACCAUAUGUAUGUGGGAAUUCAGCCGAAUAAAAAAUGUUCCCAUGAUCAGUCGACUAUGUACAGCUGCAACUACUAACUCUGAACAGGAUAAUGAUAAGUCAUUGUCUAAGGAAAAGGCUCAUGCAUUAGUGAUGAAAUUGACAAAUGAAGAAAGAGACAAUUUGGCUUGGUGCCUAAAUCAUUACGAAUCAGAAGAGACUAAAGCGGAAUAUCAAGGUCAAUUGGCAGGAUUCAGAUGGCGUUCAAAGUUUGGGCGCCCCAGUAAAGUACCUGAACUAGGAGAUGUAGAUGCAACAGGCUCUUACUGUCCAUUGCCAGAAGAAUGGCUAUUAAAAAAAUACGAAGAAACCAAUACGGAAACUGUACCAGAACCAACUAGAGCACAAUUAUUUAGAGUGGGAUUGCAAAAUGCUAUUCCUUUCAUUAUGUUUGGAUUUUUGGACAACUCGGUGAUGUUAAUAUGUGGUGAAUCAAUUGAACGAACAGUUGGUGCUGUUAUUACUAUAUCGACAAUGGCUGCAGCUGCAAUUGGUAAUACUUUUUCUGAUAUUCUUGGAAUUGGCUCUUCAUAUUAUGUGGAACAAUUGGUAAUCAAACUUGGUUUAAAACCUCCAAAUCUAACACCUAUUCAAUUGGAUAUGAAUUGUAGUAGACRAGCUGCUAAUUUAGGAAGAACACUUGGAGUCACUCUUGGGUGCUUUUUGGGAAUGUUUCCAUUGCUAUUAAAAAAUGAUGAAGAAUCUAAGGAUGAAAAGUCUGAGGAGAAAGAUGAAUAAUAAAAAAUAAAAAAUAAAAACUAACUUCCACUUGUUAUAAAUAGGUUUUAUUCUGACUGAUUUCUUUAAAUUAUUAUAAUAUAGAACACACUAUAGUGUAAUCAUUAAAUGGCAAUUAUUAUUAGCUAAURAUAAUAUUAAUAAAUAUUUAUUUAGCAGUUUUGAAAUUAUUUACAUAAUAUUGAUAAUUUAGUUGUUAUAUUCUUUUAUCAGAGUG